AUGGUGGACAAAUACCACAUUCGCAGCCUGCUCGGCGUUGGAGCGUUUUCACGAGUUUAUCUUGCCGACAACAUUGAGGAUUCACAGCAGUAUGCGAUCAAGGCGAUCAACAAAGACCGCAUGUUCACCAAUGCCCGCGUCCGUUCCAGUAUCGAGCGUGAAGUUGGUGUACUCAAGGUCAUUGAUCACCCCAACAUUGUACGUCUCGAGGCAACGAUGGAAACCGAACACAUUUUGUGUAUUGUCCUCGAGUACAUUGAGGGGGGAGAGCUAUUCGAUCUCGUCCAGAAGCUCCAUCAAGAUAACCAAGGACGUCCUCUGGAUGAAGAACUUGUCAAGCGUAUCUUCCUCCAGCUGGUUGGUGUCGUGCGCUGGCUGCACGAUCACAACAUUGUCCACCGCGACCUCAAGCUCGAGAAUGUUCUUAUCCGCUACGACGAUGACGACAAAGACCACAAGAAUCCGAUUUUAAAGGUUACCGAUUUUGGAUUGGCGCGUGUAGUAGAUCCUCUAGGACCACAGUUGCAGACACGAUGUGGAAGUGAAGAGUAUGCAGCACCAGAAAUUGUUCAGAGUCUUGGAUACGACGGCCGGCUCACGGAUACAUGGGCACUUGGUGUUAUUUUAUAUGGUUUAUUGGUAGGUUAUCUUCCAUUUCGUUAUCAGCCUUCUCGGGGUGAAAAGGUCUCCCAGCUUUUCUAUCGUAUUGUCAAGGCUCAGGUAAAAUGGCCGGCCGAGUGGGCCAAUGAUGCCUCACUUGGAGUUAGUCUGGAAGCUAGAGAGGUUGUAGAGAAGAUUUUGGUGCGAAAACCCGAGGGGCGAAUUCUACUAAAGGAUAUUGAAAGUCUUCCCUGGUUUGCCGGUAUCGAACCCCUUUAAUCGCUUGUUCAUUGUAUUCGCCUUGCACUACUUCAGCAUGUCUCCGUCAUUAUUUUUACUAUUACUAUAACUAUCACUACCACUAUUAUUAUUUCUAUUAUUACUAUCAUUAUAUUAUUAUUAUUAUUAUUUAUCAUAUUUAUAUAUUUUAUAUAUCUAUUAUCCUGUCUGCUAUUUACGAGUCUGUUUUUUUUUAUAUUAUACUUCAUUUAUUCAUAUAUUCAUAUAUUCAUUCAUUCAUUUAUUUGUCUU